CCCCAGCAUCACAUCUUCCUCCGUCUUUCCCUGAGUCAUUGUGUUGCACCGGCGGUCUCCUGUGAGGUUUUCCGCGGGUUUCUGGCUCCUGUCAGCUCCCUCAGGUGAACAUAUUCGACGAGCUUUGAGAUGACUGAAGUGGCUUCAAGCCGCCCUGAGAUGACAGCGCUGGCUCCUCCUCCGGCACCGCUGAGCACCAGUAGGAAUGCUUCUCCUUCCCGCUCACUGUCCAAUCACAGCAGCCCUUCAGGCUCCCGGCGCAAUUUGGCAAAAGAGCGACGGGAUGACGAAGAGAAGACACAAGAGAUCUCCGAGGCGCUGCGGGAUAAGGAGCGGCGUGCGCAGCAGCAGCUGGACCGCUGCGCCGAAGAGCGAGGGAGGAAGAUGGAGGAGCAGAGGAGGAAGGAGCAGAGGCGCAGGACAGCGGCCGGGGAGAAGAGACGGCAGCAGCAGGAGGCAGAGAAGGAGAGGCUGGAGGCCCUGGUCCGUCGGAGAGCCGGAGGAGCUGAGAGACGAGGAGGAGGAGGAGGAGGAGGUGGAGGAGGAGGGGGGGAGGCCCGGGACCACCUGGAUAACAGGCCUAAACGUUGGACAUGGGGAGGACCGCCUGAUGGAGUAGAGGGUAACCCUAAGACCCCGCCCUGCAAUGCCAUUGGCUCCGCUCAGCCCAAUGAGCUUCCUGCUGCUUCCAGCGCCAGCCAAUCCCGUAACGUUAGUGACUUCCUGUCUCCACCCGCGAUGGAUCCGCCAAUCAACAAACAGCUCUCCAAUUCUUCAGCCGCCCUUCAUUCACCAGAGAGAGUGUCUUUUGUGUCCCAUCGAACAGCUUCCUCCAACAACCACAGACAGUACAGAAGUUCCUCCAACCGCAGGAGUGUCGCCGGGUUCCCUGAAGAGACGUCCAAAGCCAAAACACCCACGGGGGAGAUUCCAAACACACCGGUCCGCAGUUCUUCCUUCAGAGCCAACAGCAAGGGCCCCGCCACACCGAAACGAGUGAGGUCGGCCAGGAGUCGCGCCCAGUCGCCCUGUUCCCCCGGUCAGUACCCGCCCUCCCCGCUCCGGCAGAGGGCCACCACCCCCGGCACCGACGACAGGGGUCACACUGAGGUCAAAGGUCAGAGCACCCUGGAGAGGAAAUCGACCAAAUCUGAGCCGUCAGAGAGAAAGAUCCCCAAAUCCACCAGCAAAGAACUGACUGCAGAGUCUCCGGGCACGCCCACGGGCAGGAGUGUUGGUGGGACGACGGAUGCCGAGGAGGCGUCCAGACUGCUGGCAGAGAGACGACGUCUGGCCCGAAUACAGAAGGAGCAGGAUGAGAGACAACGGCAGGAGGAGGAGAGGCUGAGGGCCGAGGAGGAGCAGAGGAGGCAGCAGGAGGCGAGAGAGAGGCAGGAGAGAGCUGCACAGCAGGCCGAGGAGGAGAGAGUGAGGCGGGAGGAAGAGAAGAGGAACAAGGAGGACGAGGAGAGACGACAGAAGGAGCAGAGAUGGAAGGACAUGCAGGAGCAGCUGGACAGAGAGAGGGAGGAGGCCUUCCUGCGAGCCCAGAAAGAGGCAGAGAGGAAGAGGCAGGAGAGGGAGCUGCUGCACAUCCAGGAGGAGCAGGAGAGACUCCAGAGGAAGAAGAGAAUUGAGGAGAUUAUGAAGAGAACACGUAAGAGUGAAGUGGAGCCUCUGUCUGGUGCUGCAGUGUCUGACAUGAGGCCAGAGGUUGCGGUCCCGUCGGAGGAGGACGCUCCAACUCCUGCUGAAGCCUCCGUCAUCACGCUCGGACCCCUGGAGAAUAAGAGCUGCAUGGACGAGCUGUCUGACGGAGUCCAGUCCAUGGACGUCAGUUCUCCAUCUGUCUCCAUCAGUCCAGUGUCCAGGGAGGAGCAGGCGAGCGCUCAUGAGUUUUCACCGGUCACAGAGGGGUCGGACGGCUGCCCCCUGGAGCACCUGAUGGACCUCGACGCCCACGGACGAGGACAGCGUCAGGGUGUGGAAACGCCCGGUUACCCCAAACUGCAGGCUGGCAGCGGGGUCGGAGACCUCAACAAGAACCUGCUGAUUCAAGCGUACAGCGCCGCCUCUGAAACUUCCCAGCUCAUCCACAGCAUCGGCCCGAGCAAACUGGACGUCCAGUAGCCAGGGGCUUCUUCAGGAGCUGGCGGGUUCGGUAGAAACAGGAGCCAGGAGAAACCGACCAAGAGACCAUCACCUCUGUCUGCAACAACAACAACAACAACAACAACAACAAUCAUCAUUUCCACAAGGAGCAAAUGCUGAACAACUAAUUCACAUCUGUAUUACCAAACCUCGCAAACUCCUAACAGUAAAGCUUCUGGACACACGUUGAGGCAGUGCAAGUGGGCAAUUCUGACUCUCACAAAACAAAAUCCUGCAAAUAAUGUAUUAAAGUAUAUUUAUGACAUAACAGAGGGGGAAGAAGGAUCAGCGUUCUUGCAUGUUUGUCUUAUGACAGUUAAGUUUAGGUGAGUUAAUAGACUGUAAAACUUAAGGUCAUAUUCAGGUUUAUUCAUCUAAAUCUGAGACUUGCUGAAAACUAGACACGAGUUGAUGAUUAAAACUAAUCGACUCAGCCCAAAUGUGCACACAUCAACCGACCUUUUCAUUCACAUAUUACGUAUAUUUCACAUCGGGCUGCAUCUUUUCACCCUUCAUGCUCCGAACAACUCUCUGAGAUCAGUACACGUCCUCUGCCUCCGUUCCUGUUGACGCCAGCAUUGCCCAGCUGCACUGCCGCAAACUAUCACUCGAGCAUCAUCCGCUUUCAAUCUCUCAUCCCCUGCUUUUGUAAAACUCUGUAAAUAGAUCCGACCGGGUGGAGGAGUCUGUCGUGGUAGGAGCAGGGGAGCGGCUCUGUAGCAGUUUAUCUGGAGGGGAAGCCGUGAAACAGACACUUGUGUGAAUACUGUGUAGCAUCUUCAGUGAGGACUAGCUAGUUGAGCUGUUUAUGGUUGUAGCUGUGUGUGAGAGUUUCUCUCUUUCUGUCAGUGUUUCUGAUGGUUCCUGUGUGUUUAUCUCACCUCUGACCUGCUCCACUGCUGACAGCGACUCCUACUUCUAUAAAAAAAAACCCAGUCUGCUGUAGAUUCCCCGACGCUGGAGAAAGUCAUCAACGACUGAUAUUAUAACCUCGCUGUUGACCCGUAACACUUAGCCUAUAGCUUUGGUUUUGCUGCUGCUCGUCGGUGGACGUUUUGUGGAGGUGCAACAAUCCACAGCGAGGAUAAGAAUAAAACCUGGGAGGGAAAAAAGGGUGGUGGGUGGGGGGAAGAGUCAAAUGUCCUGUAUUUUUACCUGCAGGUCUGGAAAACUUUGACACAGUGUGUUGUGUAUUUGUCUGGCACUGACUGUAACCACGCUAGCUGCAGUUUAUAAUGUGCACUUACAGUAGUUGUGUGUUCACUGCUCUGAAGACGCUUGUAUCUCCACCUCAGCUCACACAUCCCCCCCCCCUCCCACCCCCCAUAACUAAAAUAUACCUCACCAAUUCAGACUCUGGUGUGAAACAGCGUUCACCACCUCGCAGCUCAUCACCUCUGAGGCCUUAAACCUCUGUGCAGUCAACAUCAGCUCCCCUUAAAACAACCCACCACCCCCGUCCUCUGUGCUUUGCCCCCAGGCUGUGGUUCAUCCAGCAUGUGCACUUUUUUUUAUGUUUUAAAAGCCCUUUUCCACUUAAAGGAGUAGAGAGACUAAAAAUACCCGUUGAGCAAGUGUGUGUGUGUAUCAGGGCCAUAGUUAGAAAUACAGAGGUAGAACCCCACCCACCUGAAACAACCUGGCCCGUCACUAACCAGACUCUGUACAAUUUAUUUAGUAUUUAAGGAAAAUCAUAUUCUAUUUAUUUAACUGUUUAACUAUAUUUCUUGUCAAUUGUAUGUCCUUACAUUAUGUCUGGUGCCACGUAUGUCAUGAAUAAUAUGUUUUAUUUAAGGAAAACCACAUCUUUUUUUUUAAAUUCAACAAUAUCCUCUGAGAUUAUAGUCUGGUGCCACGUUUUGGUGGAGAAUACGAAGUUCCUUAAGUUUUUCCAGUGUAGUUUUUUUGCCUUAAAAAACCCAACAAAUGUAAUAUGGACUGGAAAAUCACAUUCUAGUAAUAAUACACCAUCUUUAUUUACAUUUAUAUUGUGCUCAGUUGAUGCAUAUUACAAUAUAAAUCUGUUUACUUUAGGGUGACAAGUAAGACAUGAUCUCAGUCACAGGGAUCAAAUUUGGAUCCGGGUGCAAAAAUAAGUUACUGAAACCUUCUUGUUGUGGAAAAGCGGCUCUGCUGCUCCUCCGAGGCGCCACAUUGAGAGAAGAACGUUGCUUUUCUGUCACUGCUGCAACCUUCAGCGCGUUUGUCUGUAUGUUUUCACUCCCCUGUCGGCUUCCCUCCCUCCGUGUUCGCUCAUUAUUCCUCCAGAUUCUGCUGAAACUCAUUGUAAGAGGGUCUCCUGGGUCCCCUUGUAUAUGAAGUAAAAAUAAAGGACAUAAUGUUUAUCCUAAUAUUACUUAACUCUGUGACACUGCAGCUUGGUGGAAUAUAUCAUUGUAGAUGUGGUGCAUGGAUAACUGCUGAAAAAGAACAAUAAAAUUCAUCAAGUAACUUUGUGUCAGUGAGCUGGAUAAAUAUAAUUAGAGCAAAGAGAUGAUUUUUGGUUGUGGAACUGAAAUGAAGGGAAAUGUUAAAGAUUCAAAACUGUGUAAGAUGUUUAGUCUUUGACAUUAAAAUGUGACAUUUGAAUUGGGAAAUCUAGCGUAGGGCUUAAUGCAGCCACUUUUAUUGAUCAUUAUAUCGCACUGUGUGUUGACUUUAUGCUGCACUGGAAUUAAAACUGAUCUGCAAACGUU